CAUAGACCAACAUAGACUAGACAGAAUAGAACAUAAAAACUACCUACCUUCAGUACCUAUCUACAUCACCUUAUAGGGAUAAAUUUUAUUUAAUGUGAAGCUUUAAAAAUUAAUGUGUUUAAAAUUAAGUUUUUGGUUUUAUAGCAACGAUCAGUCGAUUUCUAUGUCACGCUGAGUUUAUAUAGACGUUGUUUGCUAUUGAUAAUGUCCUGUGUAUGUCAUGACAUGAUGAGGACGUCAAAUAGGCAGGCAUCCGUAGGGCGUGAUUUUAAUUUUUAGAAAAAAUGGGUGUAUUGCAUCGAAAAAUAAUAUUAGUGUAUCAUUCAGAGUAUAGUGUGAAUAUAGACCAGUAUUAUUUAUAGUUUGAAUUUGAUUGUGCGGUGUGUAAAUCUUUCGAUAUGUGGCAAAAUCAGGCCGUGUUAUGAAUGAGGAGGCACUGUUGGCACGGGCUUCCGAGGAGCGGGAGCGAAUCUUCCAGAGGUACGAGCGGGGUCGAGAGAAUUUGGCUGGCCAAAUAGACCCCUGGGAAGAUCCUGAAUUUGAAGAAUAUCACAAAACUGAUAGAUAUGGCUUCAUUCACGAUGAACGAUUGCCGCAGAAAACGGCGCCGCAAAAGGUCAACAUCGAAGUUGAACGCGAAAAAAAAUGGGUGAAAAUGCUAGGAUCGUGGGAUUCAACCGCCACCAAAGAAAAACUUCACAGGCGGAUUUACAAAGGCAUUCCAAAUUCUUUACGAAUUAAAGUUUGGUGUAAAUUAUUGGAUGUUAAUCGAAUGAAAUCCGAAAACCCUGGAAAAUACCAAGAAAUGUUAAAGUUAGCUAAACAUUGGUCAACGGACGUAAGACAGAUUGAUUCUGAUGUGAACAGACAAUUUCGUGAACACCAGUUUUAUAGAGAAAGAUACUCCGAGAAGCAAUGUUCCUUGUUCAAUGUAUUAUGCGCCUAUAGUAUGUAUAAUUCUGAGGUAGGUUAUUGUCAAGGGAUGUCGGGGCUGGCUGGCGUUUUGCUUAUGUAUAUGGACGAAGAGGAUGCUUUUUGGGCUUUAGCAAUACUUCUAUCUGACAAGAAGUAUGUCAUGCACGGACUGUAUGUUGAAGGCUUCCCAAAAUUAACAAGGUUCUUGGAACAUCACGAUAAGAUACUCACAAAAUUUAUGCCGAAACUGAAACAUCAUUUUGAUAAAUUUGGUCUCGAUGCAAUAUUAUACUCUUUAAAAUGGUUUUUUGUAUGUUUUGUUGAACGAGUACCAUUUAGUUUAUGUUUGAGAGUUUGGGACAUUUAUUUACUUGAUGGAGAAAGAGUGAUCACUGCAAUGGCGUAUACUAUACUCAAACUUCACAAAAAAGCUAUCAUGAAAUUAAACGAUAUGGAUCUUAUUGUUAACUAUAUACAGGUUAAGCUUCAUAAAGAUUUUGGUUAUGAAGAUGAUGUGGUGAUUUAUCAUUUGGAACGGUCCAUGGACGAGUUGAAGCGAGCUAAACUUGAUUACCCAGGUCCACCGCCCCCAAAUGAAUUGCCAAAGAGAUCAUUAGGCACAUUCAUAGAGCCUGAUAAGAAAUCAAAGAUAGGCCAACGAGCUGAAAACUUCUCUGAGACUGAGAAGCAAACUCGAGCAACUGUGAUAUUAAGACGUGAAAAAGCAGCACUAGAGUUACAAGAACUUCGAGUAUCACAAAGCGAUACAGUUUCAGAACACAGCGGCGUAGCGGGCAGCGGUGCGCGGUGUGACGAUUCAGUGUCGGGGCUGGGUUCGCGCCGCUCGCUGGCGGAGACGAGCGUCACGAGUACGGCCGACCUGAGCGUGUUCUCCAGUAGUCGCUCCCAUGCACCAGACAAUUCACUCGACACACACAGCAACGUCAGCGACGACGCCACUGGGUCAGAUGGCUCGGGUAUAUGCGCGUUAAGUAUACAAAGAGCGCCCUCUACAACCCACUCGACCCCGCGAGCGACGCCACACCCGCCAUCUAUCUCGCCACUCUCUGAUGAUGUGGUCCGCAUCCACGUCACAUACAAUCCGCUGGCUGCUAGUCCUUCGCAUUUGCAUCCAGUCAGCCCAUCGAAAUACAAGGCGUAUUCAGAGGAUCAUCACAAACCAAUGUCUUUAGGUUUCUACACAAGCAAUGGAGCUAAUAAUCUCCCAUCGGACAACCGCAUCAGAAUACAAGUUCCCUCCGAAGAAUUACUAACGCCAGUAGUGGACUCCGGUAGGAUUAUAACUCAAAGGUACAUUGAAUCUCAUUCGGAAUUGUACGAUCUGAAGUAGUUACAUAGUCACAUUACAAAGGUGUAAAUUCAAGCUGCUUGGCAGUCGAGUCUGUUAAUUGAUGAUAUGGCCAGUUAGUUAUAUUUGACUAGUUGUAUUUUAUUGAUGUAGGCAUAUAUAUAGGUCACAAGAUAAUUGCAUGUGAUUGGCAAAGAAGAGAUAAAGUCGUCUAUGCUUGAUAUUCCUGUGUUCUUCCUAAGAGGAUAUUUGUCAUUGUCAAUUCUCUAACUGGUGAAACAAUUAAUUUUUCGAUACAACGAACUUAUUCCAUACUAAAUAUUACAUUAUAUGUGAUUAAAAGUCGCUUCAACAUUUGAUCCUCAAAGUACUCUAUUCGAUGCCAUCUGAACUUGUGUUUCAAUGUACAUAAGUCUAUAAUUAUAUAGAGUAUAACAUCUAUUAGCUUAAGAAUUUAUGUAUAUUGUUAUUUACAUCUUUCUGAUCUAGACUUAUUAGAACGCAUGUUCUAAUACGAUUAAUUAUUUCUGCAUUUUAAGACUUAUUGCUCACUGGACAGCAUACGAAAAGACUUUUUAUAACUUGCGCCGGCUUUAAAAUUAGAUUUUUAUCCUUCCUUUUUCUGUUAUUAGCGUAUAAGAUAUAUUUAUUUAAUGCAUGCAUUUUUACAUUGUCAUAUUAUUUUUUAUAAUAUAUAUAAAAUUAAUAUCCGUAAUAUAUAAAUAUUUCAAAGGCAAAAUAUAAAGCUUAUUUAAAAGUUAAACAUAAAAAAAUACGUGCCUUGGAACCGUAUCCACUAAUUAAAAGCGCAAUAUAACAACUUCAGGAAUGUUAACGUUAAACACAAUAUUGUGUGUGUUUAAAUUGAGUUUAUACCGCAAGACCGACAUAGUCUGUGUUAGAGUUGUCCAAAUACAAAUAAUUAUACACAUAGUUAAUGAUAAUUUAAAAAGUCGUCCUAUGGUGGACAAUAACCUUAAUUAUGUAGUAAGAUUUCUAAACGAUUACUGUUUUUUUUUUUUUAAAUAAAAUAAAACAAUUUUAUAUGCAACUUGUUAUAAACAGUGUUUUAAUACAAAUAAAAAAAAUCUGUAUAACUAUUCAGUAAUAAUAAAAAUAUCUUCGGAAAGUGGCACAUAAAGUAGACAUUGCCAGAUUACGAUAUGAAGGAUUUUAUUUUGCGAACGCCAAGUAAUGUGUUUAUUUAAUAAAUUUAUAUAACGUGGUUGUAAGAAGUAUUUUCGUAAAGUUAUUUUCUAUAUCAGCCAUUCGUUAAUGGAGGAGUUCAGAAUAUAUUACACACAUUAGAAAUAAAAUGUCGUUUCAAGAUCAGUUGUUAUUAAAGAACAAUUAAUAAAAGGCGCACAGAUACACUGUAACUUUUUGAAUUAUCAAAUUAUAUUAGUAGCGACUAAAGUAACGUACGCAAAAAUAAAAAAAAAUUCAAAAUCAUGUAGUUUGUAGCUUUUGAUACAUAGAACUUCUCUAUAAUGAUAUGGUGUGUAUUUAUUAUGUAGUAAUAAAAAAUAUGACGACUGUCCGCCGAUUCUAUACAAGAGUAUUAGUUAUUAUCUUCUUCAUCAUUCAUAUAAUAUGCGAUAUAUUUUUUUUUAAGAAUAAAAGAUACCUUUUGAAAAUAGAAUGCACUUUACACUAAUUUCUAAAUUGUCAGUGAUACUUGUAGUUAAACGUAAAUGAUUUCGUUAACUACGAUUUGUAUGUUGUGUUUAUGAUUAUUUUAAAUAAUAUUUAAUUUAUUAUGACACAAUUAAUUUUUUUAUUACAUUUUGUAGGGGAAUAUUGUCUAUAAGUUUUAACUCGUUUCCAAUUUUAGUUUCCAUCAAUACUUUACUUUUAUAUUAUGAUUACAUAUGUAAUAAAAAUUAUAAACCAGUAAUUAUGUCAUAAUAAUUCAAUAUGAGACAGGAGUUCACGAUGUUGGGAAUCUUAAAAACAAGGUAAACUUUAAAUCGAAUACUUGAAAUGUGAGUGAUAAAAGAGAUUGACUUUUCGUGCCUUCUCACACGUUCCGACAACGAAGGGUAGUUAAUAGGGGCAUCUAUGGGAGCUUUCACACAUCUACUGCCUGUUACCCAGUAGUCGGAGUGUGUGAAAAGCUAGCAUCAAAUAUAAUAUUAGAGGUGAUAAUAAUAAUGCGAUAAAUUUCAUUGAUGAAUUAAGUCUAUUUUAUGAAAAAAAAAAUAUGAAUCUCAUAAAGAAUCUUGAAAGCAUGGUAAUAUUCACGUCUUUUUUGCCUACAGGUAUUCAAAAUUUAAAUGUUUCAUUAUACAUUACAAUUCUUGAAAUAGAAAUUUAGUUGCUUGCUAGUUGUUUGCAUUAAUGUUAUGAUAAUGGAACCUUGUUAUAACUAAGAAAUACUGCAAUAUUAACAUGCGGUACAUUGGUUUUAUUAUUUUAUGCUAUUAGAGUAGAAUUAAUUACCACCAAAUGAAGGUCGCGUAAGCCUGACUAAAGUGUUUAUUACACUUUGAUGUUCUUUAAUACUGAACAUACAGUGAGAAUUGCAAUAAUGUCAGUUAAACUGUUAAGUGAGAAAUUAGACAUAAGAUGUGUAACGUGUCAAUGUGUUGUAUAUACAUAUAUCUUAACUAAAGUACUUUUAAAGUAAAACAAUUGCCAGCAUUGUUUUCGUGUAGGUGCUUGAUACAUUAUGAUAUUCAUCAUAUAUUUUUUUAAUGUAAAAUAUUCAAUAUGAUGUUCGCUGUCAAUCUUUAUUUUGUUUUCUACCAGUAAAUAUAUAGCUUCUUUUUUAAAUUUUAUCUUAACUUUAUGACAGGCGUAGUAUCAAUAAACGUCUUUGAGAUAUAAACUUUAAUUUUAGAAUAUUCAAAAAAGGAAUACUAACCUAAUGUUGCUGGCAUUCAUAUUUGACGGUAACUGCUUACUAUACUGUGCUUAAGCACCUUCGUAGUAGAUAUAUAAAAAAAUGUCGAAAGUCCACAUUAGUAUAGCAAAUAUUAGUCAAGAGAGAAAUUAAUAAAAAUGUAUAUGUACAUCAGUUUGGUAGAUAUAGCUAUGUGAGAUGCACCUAUGUAAGGAAUUGUUAAUAAGAUUUUUUAAAAGCUACAGAAAAAAUGUCAAGUGUAUCGUUUGCAAUAAUGCCUGAAUAAUAAUUAAUUAGUCUCCAGCUUUAUAAUAUUAUUCUUUGUUAGAUAUUUACCUAAGACAGACAAAUUAAUUAGUGGUUAAAAUUUUACUUUUUUAGCACCUUUAUUUUGAUCUACAAUAACAUAAUUUUAACAUAAUGUAUAAAUUGUGUGCGUUCAUCCAAUGAAGUGCAUUUACCGUUCCAUAAGUUUAUGUAUCUGAGCUUAGAGGUCGAAAUACAACUAUUAAACUAUAUUUCAAAGAGUUGAUACAGAUGACUGAUGAUGAAAGUUUACAUUAUUCUGCUAUUUAAAGGUAUUAUUUACAAAAUCUAGUUUUUGUCAUAUAAGUGUAGAGUUUAAUUCAGAGACAAGGAUUUUAAAUUACAAAAUAACGUUAUAAUUCUGCAAUAUAUUUCUGCAUCUAUUUUUUAGGUAUAUUUUUUUAAUUAUAUUGGGCACAUAGGCCAAUAAAAAAAUUGAAUCUGGUAGUGAAAGCAAUAUUUAUUAAAUUAUGUAUUUACUGAAGUAAAGCAUUAAAUUAUUAAUGUUAUACAUACAAAGCAAUUUAUAUUUUGUUGAAUGUAAAUGAGUAAUAAAUUCGCAGUUUAUUUAUCGUGAGGGCACAAUGUUUUUAUUGCGCUAUGCAAUGAAUUUAAUUAAAUUCAUUUAAUAUUUGAUAAAAAUAUUAUAUCUUGCAAAAUUAAUCAUGACAGUCGUCCAAAUUUAUGUUCAAAACAAGUUGUGCCAUUUUGAAAUUAAGGGUAUGUGUGGUAAGUCAUUGCGUGGUUUAUUUUAAAAUUUUGUGUUUCAUAAAUGCUUAAUGAUAUUUUAGUGUGGGAGCUGUAAUACAAAUUAAGGGUAAUAUUUUUUAUUUAUAAAUAAAAUAUAGGUUAUAGGUGAAGUUAGAACUAUUAUACAAUUUUGUCAUGCACUCAAAAAUAACAACAUCGAUUGGAAUAUUAUUUAUGAAAGCGAUGGUAACGAUAUCAAAAUUAUAAAAUGCUCAAAAGUUCGUAGUCCAUGAAAUAGUGCUUCGACAACAAUUAUUAUAUUGACAAGGGCCUCAAUUUUAUAACACCACACAGUAUUUAGAUGCGUGUUGAUAUUGUAAAGUAAGUUAGCGCCUUAUCAACAUCAUUUAUGCUGGUUUAAUACAUCACAUUUAAUUUAACAUUUACUGUUUAUUUAUACUAUGUUUUGUAAUGAUAAUGUAGAGCUUUCGGUUUCUGGUAUAGGGCACUCCAUAAUAUUAUUAUUAUAAUUUAUACUGUACUUCUAUAUUUGUUCUAGUUAUCCGUCCAUUUUAUUUUUACUUUGUUACUGCCUACGUAUUUAAUAGACUGAAUUCGAUUUUGCAUGUAGUCUGCAAUAAAAGUAGAUGAAAAUUUCACGAUAUUUCUUAGCAAUUAGUUAUAUGUUCAUCGAUUAUUUGGACUAACCGCACCAUUCUGUAUUUGUAAUAUUUCUCUUUAUAAUAGAAUAUAAAAAAAAAAUAUGUUUUUUUAAGCACGAAAGAAGAGAAGCAAUAUAUAUUAAUAGUAAAUAUUGGUGUAACAAUUUGGGAAUGAUGUUAUGUAUGGUUAACUUAAAAAGGUUUUUAAUAAAGGCAUAAUAAAGUUGAUAUCGUCUUGAAAAGCGAGUCAUAAGCAAUCAGUGCUCUUAUUACGUGCGCGCCUAUGAUUAUGCUGCGAACAGAACCUGAUCAAACUAAACCUUGUGUAAAUAUUAUAAGGUUUAAUUCGAUUACAUUAAAUGACCUUACGACCCUAAUGCAAAUGCUCUGGUUUCAAUACUAAAUUUGCCGUAAAUGAUUAUAACAACGUGCAUAUAAUUAUAUUUAUAUAUUAUUAUUAUUAAAUUUUUCUGAUUUUGACAAUUAUACAUAUAAAUUGAUAAAAUAUUUAAGUGCAGCCAAACUGUAGGAUCACAGCAUAAUUUAUUCGAAUAUACAUUUCUUUUAAUAGUAAAAGCGCAGAAGUUUGACCUUAAUUUGUUUUUCGGAAGUUCAUUUAUUAUAUUUAUAUCAUAAGUCAUUAAUUUCAUUUAAAUAUUCGCAUUUGACACUAAUGUUGGUCAAUAAGAUUUAAUAAAUAUAACAAAAGAUCAAUAGAUGUCAAAUUAUGAAAUUGUAAAUUUACUAUUAGUAUUGGUACUGAAUAGAUGAUGAUUUAGAGAAGGUAUUGGUGUAAUUAGUAGAGUAGAAGUCAAUAAUGGUACUAUACUCUCAUUCUGUGGAUGGGACUGUAAGGGCCUGCGCAAACGAAUUUUAGAACAAAAUUUUGUCUGUCAGGAAAAGACUUUCUUUUAAAUCGCAUACUUACAAGAAUACCUUAUAAGCAUAUAGUAUGCAAUUCAGUGUUUUUAUGUUGGAUAUAAUCUCUGUUUAAAAUUGUCUAUCGUUUGUACAGGCCUUAAUAUGGAUGUGCUCCGCACGAUAAACUUUAAUUAGAUACAUUUAUUUUUACGACGUUUUUAUAAUUUAUCGUAGCACCACAUAUUGGGGCACAGUCAGGCACGAUUUUACCAUUUUGUUAAAAUGUAUGAAAUUGUAUAAAGAAUGAAGGUUUUUUUUUUAAAUUUCCCUGCAUAUUCACUAGAAUCAUAUAAAAUUUAGCACGGAAAAUCAAGAGCAUCUGCAUACAAUUGUAUACAUUUUGCUUAUUUCUUAUUUUAUAUUACACCAGUGAAAUCGGUCUUUGUUGUUACAGUAAAUUUAUAAAAGCGUUUUACUCAUAUUUUACAAUACAUCACACUCUGUUAAGGCGAGGUGUUUUGGGAGCUAGCUAAAUUCUUGUUGAUAAGAUUUGGUAUAUAUGUAUUAUUUAUAAUAUCUCAUAUAUAAAGCUGAAUCUGAAUAUAUGUUUGAAUUAUAUUUUAAAUAAUUAAUUACAAAUAUAUUAAAUUAAUAUAGAGUGUUUUCAUUGUCUUUAAUGUUAAAUGUAAUAAACGCUCCGAAGUUUGAAUUUGCUCUCGAAUGAUCUCGCCUUAAUAUUUCGGCCUUAUACGUUUAUAGCAAUGAUUUCUGUACUUUGUAAGAGAUAGGCAUAUUUAUUAGGUCUAUUAUAAGAAGUAUAAAAUCUAAACUUCCAAUAUUCAUGUUAGAACUACAGUGAGAAUAGUGCCUGCACGAAUUCUGUUAAUGUAUACUUUGUACUCAUUGCUGUUGUAAAUAAAAUUAAUUUUAAUUAUUUACUUGAUCAGUCAUACACGUGUAAUAUAUUGAAAUUGUCUUUAUUGUAAAGAGGAAUAGACUUGGAUAUAGAAAUGUUGGAAACAAUAAACAUAUUAUACAUAGAUCUGGUCAUACGCAAUAAAUCGAUAGUGACGUGUUAAUAUAACUUGGCAAUAAUUAUGUGUACUUUUAUAACAUACGGAUUGGCACUAUUUUGUUCAUUGCAUGCUUUCUGUAUAUACUUAAUACUAUAUAAUUAAACGGUUAAUUUUUAGUCAUCUACCGUCUGUAAUAAUAUGUAAUAGGUUAUAAAUUUAUUUUGUAUCGAUAAAUAAUGGUACUUAUAACUAUCAAGUUAAUUUUGUUAUUGCUUUUCUUUAAACACUAACACAAAUAAGUAGUUUAUUAAAAAUUCAACUAAAUAAUACCUAGUAAUUUUUUACUGCUAACCCAAAUGAUUCUGUUUCAAUAGUUGCAAUAACACGAGUGUGUUGUGACUUUAACUAUUAGGGGUAUUUCAAUGUCAUACUGUGACAGUGAUGAUGCCGCACCGCGUGCUGUAAGAAUUGUGACAGUAUGGAAAAGCCCUAAUGUUAAACGUGUGUAUUUGCAAUAGAUAUGUAAUGACAACUUCAAAGAUUUUUUAAUUGCUUUCGCAGUAUGACUUCUACAAAAAUAUAUAGGUCCAUGGUCCAUGUUACCGUGUGAAGGACGAGCAAAGUUCUUAGGUAGUUUUCGGAAGAAUAAUAAUGGUUACACCAUAUAAUUAGCAAUUUAUCUUUAAUAACACAAGAAUAUGUAUAUUCUCAUUCAUAAUCGUAUUUCUCAUUCUUCACAUUGUAUUUACUUAAUUUAUAAAAACCCCAUUUUGUAAAAGUAAAUUUAAGAUUUUAUUGUUUAACUCAUCAGAAUUAUGUAAUGGCACUGGUUAUACAGAAGGAGUAUCAACAACAAGUAUUACUUUGGUGUUGAACAUAGAACACCCUCACGGUUAACACUCAUACCCUUAUUUUACGAUAACUGUAGAUUAAUGACUUUAUUUACCAAAUUUAAACGAAACUUCAUGAAUGCGUGCCAAGGCAAAUUUAAAUUUAAUAUAAUAAAAAAAGUACGACACAAAAUGUCAAAUUUUCUUUAGCAAUUCGGUACUUACAUUGAAACAAAUCUAAUUAAAAUCGUCACUCACAUAAUCAUUAUCUCUAAUGAAAAGAAAUAAUAUAAAAUAAUUGAAACAAUAUAAAGCUUUUAUUCACAAUACAAAUGACCAAUAGUAAUUUAGAAGCAUACUGUAUGCUAAUUCCUGCAUAUCAAGCCUAUGAUUCUUUAUUGGGCUUGGUUUAUAAAUAGUUUUUGUACUUAAUUUAAAUACAAACAUUCUAUUAUAACAUUUGUCGUUGUACAUACAUGAAUCUUUUUAUGUAGUACUGACAGCCGUAUAUCAUGCUCUUUAAAUUGUCCAGAAUGUGAUUUAUUUUCCUUUCAUGUGUAUUUUAGAGCAUUAUUGGAGUUGGUUCAAGUGUUAUUGCUACAGGUUAGUAUGCGAGUUCUGAUUAUUGAUUUUAUAUUUUAUUAUUAUUAUUAGCUUACAGUUGAAUUUAACUUGAAAACUAUCUAUUAGGAGGGCUGUUAGCUUAUUUGCUAUUCUAAGAAAAAAAAAUCCAAGAAUUUAACUGAACACUUUUUUCUUGCAGCCUAAAUGAUCGUAAAAUCAUGGCGCGUUAUAAAAGCUCACUAAUAUUUAUUAAAUUUGAGUAAUUGUUGUUUUGUAUUUUCUGAUAUGUUAUUUUCUGAUAAUUGUUCUGCGUGGUAAUUUAUAUAGGGUAGUCUAUGUUCAACAGAAGACAAUGAAUGAUUAAAGUGCUUUUGAUGUAUAUAUUUUUAAAUAAAUUAAGAUUGUAGCAGUUCACUGCAUUCUUAUUAAUGUAUUUAUGUAAUAACAAUAAAAAAGUACCUCGCCGCAUUACAGAUUGUAUAACUUCAUAGUGUUACCGUGCUUUAAAUUAUAUAUAUAUAUAUAUAUAUAUAUAUAUAUAUAUAUAUAUAUAUAUAUAUAUAUAUAUAAUAAAUUUUUAAUAAUUAUAGAUAACAAGACUCAUCCGUGUGAUUAUUGUUUAAUACAAUAGGUCGGAAUGAGCAUCUGUAUAAAUCCGAAGUAAGUUGAUUAAUUUGUUAAGUUCGCAGUCGGCUCUUUGUAGCAGCAUGAACUGUUAUAAUAUACGUUUAAUGAUUUCCAGUCA